GAAAUCAAUCCACCAUCUCUUUGUUGAAUGUAAAGGAGCUAACAACAUACUUUGCUUUGGCACUUUACAGGGGCAUCUCUCUCUUCACCGCUACUGUUUGCGUUCAACCCGUCAAAGGACCCAAGCUCUCGCUACCAGAAUUAGCACGACCAUUGUAUUCUCCGACGCUGCCCAUAUUGGCCGGAGAAAUAAGUACUUUACCCGGCUCGCAACAUCACCAGACUUUUCCAACCGAACCUGUAGGGUGGAGACUUGCGGUUGAUGAUGUAAGGGCCACCAGCUGGAUUGACGAAUUGACCCUCCCUCCUUUGGUCAAAUUCUUUCAUCUGGUAGAGCGGAGCGGAAAAUAUGUAAAAUCCAUAACUCUGGUUUUGAUACGUGACCAGACUCACCGUGAAGAGAUGAGGAAGGACGAGAAUACUUUCGAGUACGCUAGACACGUUCCUCGAGGAGUUUACGGCAGGAUUCGUCCAUUGGUGUUUGGCCUAUUGUGA